AGGUUAUUACCCCCCUCCCCCCCCCGAGCCCCAACUUGAUAGAAUAGGUGUCCACGUCAUACCACAAGACAUCUUUUCAUCAUCUAUAUAAGGAACAUCAGAAGUUCAUACUUCCGUCCAUAACCAAUUAUACACUCUCAAAAGCCUCCUAAUUUAAUUUCUGCAUCGACCCUCAUCUUCAUCCCCGUUCUAUGAGGAGAAAAAGAAUGCCUAUUAACCUAGAUCAAAUUCCAAGUUUUGAAGAGCAUGGUAAUGGGUUUGAUCAACAUUCUGUGUUGGUUGAGGAGAUUGAAGGCCUCAUUAGAGUUUACGGAAAUGGGUAUGUGGAAAGACCUCAGAUAGUUCCCAGUGUCUCUAAUGCAUUGCCACCAGAGCUUGGUGUUACUUCUUGGGAUGUAGUUGUGGAUAAGCUGAACAACAUUUGGGCUCGUUUCUACAUUCCAACACAGUGCCAGGAGAAGCUGCCUUUGCUUGUAUAUUUCCAUGGAGGUGGGUUUUGUGUCGGCUCGGCCACUUGGAGUUGCUACCAUGAGUUCCUGGCCAAGCUAUCUGCAAAAGCUGACUGUAUAAUUAUGUCUGUGAAUUAUCGUUUGGCUCCAGAAAACCCUCUUCCUGCUCCUUAUGAAGACGGAUUAAAGACCCUUCAAUGGUUGAAACAAGUUGCCAUUAAUGGGGCCAAGCAGAAUUGGUGGUCAAGAUACUGCGACUUUACCAAAAUCUACCUUGGAGGUGAUAGUGCCGGUGGCAACAUAGCCUUCAAUGUAGCAGCCAGACUUGGUGGCAAGACGACUGCUUCUGGAGCUGUGGUCAUGAAACCGUUAGUUAUUAAAGGUAACAUUUUGAUACAGCCGUUCUUCGGUGGAGAGUCAAGGACCAUGUCAGAAAAGUUUCUUGUCCAACCUCCUCAUUCGCCACUGACGACGGCAGUUUCUGAUACGUACUGGCGGUUGGCAUUGCCUUCCAGGACGAACCGUGACCAUCCAUGGUGCAACCCUUCGGCGAAUGGAGUGUUUGAGGUUGAGGAUUUGAGGGUUUUGCCUAGUUUGAUAUGUAUAUCAGAAAUGGACAUAUUGAAAGAUAGGAACUUGGAGUUUUGCUCUGCUUUACAUAGAGUGGGUAAGCUUAUCAAUUAUGUGGUCUAUGAAGGAGUUGGCCAUGCGUUUCAGGUUCUGAACAAGUCACAACUCUCUCAAACUCGGACCCUUGAAAUGAUGGAUCAUAUCAAGGAUUUCUUAAGUUUAUAGCUUCAGUUGAAUUUGUACAAAAGGAAGACUUUUUUCAGAUUUUGUUUUCUCCUCAAAGAAAAGAGAGCGAGCAUUCUCAUCAGAUUUAUCACUACCCACUUAAUAUAUACUUAUAUACCUCAAAGGAGAUUACUGUACACGAUUUGGAAUGUCCUAUGUGAAUAUAGAUUUCCCUGACACAACCUUUGAAAAUUUUCAAAGAUGUUCAAAGAUGUUCAAAGAUGUUCAAAGAUGGAAGUGAAAGGGAAAUACUCAAGUUAGCUCUUACGAUAAAGACAAUAUUUUAGAGAAGUUUCGAACGGUUAGCCCACUUCUUCUAUACUCUUCUUGUCAUAGUAACCGCCAUCUCAAUCUUAUUAAGUGAGACUCUACUCUCAAAAAUCGCUCUGAUUGGUAAAAAAAUUCACUCACCGUUCUUGAGCUCUUCUGUACUUUUCUUAAGCUCUCUUGUCUUCUUCGGCAGCAAACUUUUAAGGCAGCAAUGAAAUUGUCUCUCCUUUUUUCGUCUCUAAUCUCAGCCUUUUUAGAUACUCUACUGGAAAAGAAACCUUACACUUUGGGAGAGGGACUGACUCUACAUUAGUGGAUGGCUGAUGGGACGCUAAGGGUGAAUGAUGAAGUGAAAGUAAGGACAAAUUUAGGGCCCUCACUUCCCGAAAGGAUAAGUGCCAACUUUACGACAAUGGAUAUUGGUUGGGGGGCCAAAUUCACCCCCAUUCCUUUAGUCUUUGAUGAUGCACAUUGGUGGCCUGGCGCUUGCUUUUUUCAUGUGUAGAGCUAGCCAUUGUAAGAGUUCACGUCUUUUGUUUUUGUUUUCUUUUUUCUUUUUUCUUUUUUCUUUUUUUGUUAGUUUUGAUAAGAUUAAAUCGUAAUUUUAGUUCUUAAAUUUCAUUGGUUAUAUGUACUGAAUUCCUAAAUUCUGCAGUUAUAUCCAUUUAA